GCCAUACUAGCGAAGAAACAAUGACAACAAAAACCAGGAAGCGUCAAAUAUCAGAUAUGCCAGUUACACGGCGUUAAACCAACGUCGUUUCAUUGUUUUUAUUAUUAUUAUUAUUUAUCUGCUGUAGUUUAGCUUUUUAAGAUAGCUUCUUUAACUUUUCAGGCUUCCCGUGAAUUAUGAGGAACACAAUCAGACACAAGCCGGCAGCGUCGGACGCAUGUAGCUGAGUUAAACAGGGAAAUGUCCCAGGUCCUCCUGCCGUGAAGGCUGCAUGUCUGUUCUGCAGCAGCUAUGUUGUGUUUGCUACGCUUCUUCUCGGAGGCUGUCGUGCCUGUGCUUUAGUCUGCGACGCUUUCAGUGAGCCGGCUACUGGAUUCUCCUGUGAGGGUUGAACAAAGUGAGGAGAAAUGGAAAUGGAAAACGUGAUCACCCUCAGCUCUGACAGCGAUAAAGAAGACUCCGAUGUGGAAAUAGUGGGCUGCUACAGUAAUGUCACGACCAAAGCUGAAGUGUUGCCCCUGACGGCGGUGCGCGUCGAUGUCAGCGCCUUGAAAGUCAACGUCCCAACGCGGUAUAUUGACCUCACAGAUCCAAGAUGGGCUCUUCCCGAGCUGAAGACACGUAAAAGACUAAAUUCAACCGCUUUGGCUAUUGUGGACUUGACUGAAAGUGACGUAGUGAACGGGACAGAACAGAAGUCAGAGGAUUUGCCACCGGAUGAUUUUAAAAUGAAGAAUGAAAGCACGGAUGAAACGCAGACUUCAAACAAACAAGAGAAAAGCACUUCAAGGUGUUCUUCACCUGUUAUUGCACUACAGGAGGAAUGUAGUGACACAAAUCCAAACCAAAGUUUGGAUUUGCAACCACAACACCAAAAGCAGACGGAUGAAGCGCAUCGUCAAGCACCGACUGUAAAAUUAAGACGAUUGCCCUUUCUUGAAAGUCAUGUCACAGAACUGAAAGAAUCAAGGCGUUCUAUAUACUUAACUAAAGACUGUAUGCAAAUGUCACUGCAACCUAGGCAACAAGCCACUGACAGUAAAGCACUGGAUUGCAUUAGUAAUAUGACUACUGCAUCGAAUAAUCCUCACAUGGAGCUUACAUUGGAGGAUGAGUCUUGUCCCACGGUGACAGAAUUUCUUGUCAGACAAGAACGUCAAGAGAACAGCAACGAAUUCACGAGCUCACGAUCGAAUGCUGAAAUAUCUCAGCAUGUGCGGAGCGCAGCUGCCUCUCCGCACUCUGAUAAAGGAAGCUCAGUUGCAACCUCGAAGGAACACAUCCCUCAUGAAGAUGAGAGGAGUGAAUUUUGCUUGUCCAUGCUCAUACCCUCUCCAACAUCUUCAUCCCAAGAUAAAUCACAGAGUUCCUCACAAAGAAAAUCUCUCUGUUCCAACCUGGAACAAUUGGAUUUACACCAAGCAGACUCUAAGCAAAGCUAUCUUUCUGAUCACCCUGACCCGCCUACCAUCGGAAUGAACGCCCCUGAGCCUUUUCACCUGGACUCUCUUUCGAACAUCAGUCCCAUAUCUCAUAACCUAAUAAACCAAGACAACCCGACACCCCCCGCCUCUGAACAUAUACUCGCUGAGAAUGUGUCUGAAUGGCAGACGGAGGAGGUUAAGACUGAUGGGGCCUCAAACAGCCCAGACUACUUGCACUGUAGUAUCCCUUGUGACUCUCCUUUGUCCAUGUCUAAGGCUGAGGAUAGUGAUGAAGGAUCUGGGACUGGGACAUACAGAGGGGGAUUAGACAGUCCACCAUCUUGUCUUUGGCAAGAGGGUAGUGAUGGAGAGCAAGUGAACGAAGAGAACAGAUUUGAUAUGGACUUCAGGGUGGCCAGUAGAGAGGACAGGAAUUUUGUGUGCCCAGUUACCCUCAGGAAAAUAAUGUCGGGACCAGCUGAAUCCUUGAUUGAUGAAGACGAUGAAGGUUUUGGAACUCCAGAGGUGCUGUGCCGUCAGAGCCUGAGUCUGGUUUACAGUACCAUAGAUGAAAACUACCCAGAGGGCACUUUGCAGCUCCUGUCUGACCUACUACAGCCUGGUUACUAUCCCCCCAGAGAUAUCUCCUUACACCUGCUGCGUGGUAUUCUACUUGACCCAAAGUGUCCUUAUCACUUGUGUGUGCAAGCCUUUAAUCUCCUGAUCAGGACACAGAGACACCACAUUGCUGAUAAAACCACUAUUCCAUGGGACUGGGAGUUGUUAACCUCAGUCAUGACCAAUCAGGACCAUACAAAGAGACAUCGAUGUGAGGUUGCGCGCAUGCUUCUGGAGUACGUCGUGCAAACUAUGGAGGACGACUUUCAGGCCAAACGUUCUUCCUCCACCCUCCACCACUCCAUCGCCAAGUCAACAUUGUCGUGUGAUCAGCAGUUUCUUAAUGUCAGGGAUGUCAUCAAGUGGCUCUUUUCUGCCAUCAUGAAAUCAACAGAGCAUGCAGAGACCGGCGAAGCAGUCAGAGAGAGAGAUGAACAAAUCAGAAUGGUGUCCAUCUUCCAGAGGAUGCUGUCCUUGGCUCUGGAGGUGGACCGUUCUCCAGCGCUAAACUCUGCCAAGCUGUCCCAGGAGCUCUUUCACAUGCUCAUCGGCAAUAUACCUCUACGAGCACACAGGAUGUUGUUGCUCGAGAGCCUGCAGAGCAAGCUGCUGAGAUGUAAGCUGUUGGAACAUCUGUUGGACUAUGCAUGCCCACUGAAAAUCACUGUGCCCAUGUCGCUCAGUCUGCUGCUUCACUUUAUGAAGAACUGCACUCUGGCACCAGACCCUACAGAUGGUUCUGAACGGUGGCAGAAGUGGGAAGAGUUGGUCCAUCUCCUCUGGAUGUUGCUGCUCAGCUACAACAAAGCGAUGAAAGGCUAUCUGUGCAGCUCCGUCUCUGAACAAAGAGGCAUAGUUGGCACCUUGGUCUACAAGCAGGAUGACAUGGUGUCCAAGCCUGCUGUCCGUGAAGCUGUAGAGGCCCUCUUGUCCAGAUCUCAGGCUGAUCUUGGCCAAGCCUUACCUCUCCACGUGGAAGAAUCUCUUACUUAUCUACAGGAUCACCUGCUAGAUGUCUGUCAGUGUUAAAUGGAAAAAACAAACAAAAAAAAAAAACAGUUUUGAUAAUUCUCUUGAAUGUUCGAUGAAGCAUUGCGUUAAUUUAAUAUUUAUAUUUGUAUGUGAUUUUGACCUAUGCAAUUUUUGUAUUUUUAAAUAAAUGAAGUGCCUUGUUGGAUCUUAAAAUC